AUGGUGAGGUCUGUGAAUGUGGUGCCUUUGGUUAAAGUGAAGAGGGAAAUACUUUCAGAAGAUGAGGAUGAGGACAAGGUUUCGUGCAAGUUAUGUUGUAAGAACUUCGCAAGUGACAUAGCCUUGAGGAACCAUGCGCGGAUGGAGCACAUAGAUGCGUUUGCUACGGGAGACCCAUCUGUUUGGACAAACAUACUUUCGCCCAAAAGACCGUCAAUAGAUAAAGAUGAUCAGAUAAGUGAGAUUGAACGGAAAAAGAGGGAACUUAUCGCCACCAUGGGCCCCACCAACUUAAUGUCACUGACAUCGAAAGAUGUCAGUUACAUUAUAGUGAAGUCUGAAGACUGCCCUGAGCCAGUUAAGAAGAAAAGGAUGGAUAAGAUGGGGAAGGGAAAGAAAGAGAAACAGACGAAAGUUGUUAUACCGAAGAAGGAUAAAGAACCUCCGCCCAUAACGGGUCCGUUUGAAUGCCUCCAACCUUCUAACCAGAUAGCGGAUGGAAUCUGUCACCAAAUAUUCUUCUCCUGUUGCGAGUAUUCCAUUCACUACAGAGACGAGCACACGAGGAGACGGAAAGGAUUACGAUGUCAAGUCUGCGAGAAACCACUUAACGCUGUAGAUGAGAACCAGUCGUUAUACAAUUGUGAGAUUUGCGGAGCCGGCUUCCAAACUAGCAAAGAGCUAUCGGAUCACAGAUCAGUUGCUCAUGUUAAACUAAAGCCAUUCAAGUGCAAGAUAUGCCACAAGCGAUUCACACAGCAAGGCGGCUUGCAGCAACACAUUCGUAUGCACACAGGCUACCGUCCCUACUACUGCACGGUCUGUUCCAAAACCUUCACUCAGAAGUCGGGACUGGACCAGCACACCAGGACUCACACCAAAGUUAGACCAUACCGCUGUAUAAUAUGCAGCAAAACUUUUUGCCAAUCGGUCCAUCUGAAGCAACACAUGCGGACUCACACCAACGUGUCCCCCUUCCAGUGCGGGAUAUGUGAAAAGCGUUUUAAACAAAGCAGUCAUCUGAACUACCAUCUGAAAUACCACAACCCGGCAACAAUGACGGAGGAGCAGAAAAUGAAAUAUGUGGAAUUAGUCGGUUUAAUUGGAAAAAACGAAUCGGAGCAGAAUUACUCUGAACAAAACGAAUCUGAAAUUGUUGCAGAGAUAGUGGAAUGUCAACCAGAGUUAGAACAAUCGUCGCAAAUUCAAGUUGAAGUGGCAACUGAAUAUGUUUUGAAUGAAUGCGAAACUCAAGACAAUGAGACGUGGUGUGUUACUUUAGCGUAA